GCCUCUCCUCUGGUAGGUGGUCGACGCAGCACGCACGCACCACCACCACAUCGCCGGCUUCCUUCGACGACGCAGAGCAGAUCCAAGGCGGGCGGGCAGCUACUACGAGAUGGCUCUCACGAGAAUUGGUCUUGCUGGCCUCGCCGUCAUGGGGCAGAACCUGGCCCUCAACAUUGCAGAGAAAGGGUUCCCCAUCUCCGUCUACAACAGGACGACCUCCAAGGUCGACGAGACUGUUCAGCGUGCCAAGAUAGAGGGAAACCUUCCUCUGUAUGGUUUCCAUGACCCUGCGUCCUUCGUGAACUCCAUUCAGAAGCCGCGUGUGGUCAUCAUGCUUGUCAAGGCCGGCGCACCGGUCGACCAGACCAUUGCAACACUCGCAGCGCACUUGGAGCAGGGUGACUGCAUCAUUGAUGGAGGAAAUGAGUGGUAUGAGAACACUGAGAGGAGGGAGAAGGAGAUGGAGGAGCGUGGGCUCCUCUACCUUGGGAUGGGUGUUUCUGGAGGAGAGGAGGGUGCCCGUCAUGGCCCCUCCAUGAUGCCCGGAGGCUCAGUUGAGGCAUACCAGUACAUUGAGGAUAUUCUUCUCAAGGUGUCUGCUCAAGUCCCGGACAGUGGCCCCUGUGUCACGUACAUCGGGAAGGGUGGCUCUGGAAACUUUGUCAAGAUGGUUCACAAUGGAAUCGAGUACGGUGAUAUGCAGUUGAUUGCUGAGGCAUAUGAUGUUCUCAAGUCUGUUGGUAAGCUCACAAACAGUGAGCUGCAGCAGGUUUUCGCCGAGUGGAACAAGGGUGAGCUCCUCAGUUUCUUGGUCGAGAUCACUGCCGAUAUAUUCAGCAUCAAGGAUGACAAGGGUGAAGGCUACUUGGUUGACAAGGUCCUGGACAAGACUGGGAUGAAGGGAACCGGGAAGUGGACAGUGCAGCAGGCUGCUGAGCUCUCUGUGGCCGCUCCUACCAUCGAGGCCUCCUUGGAUUCCAGGUUCCUCAGCGGGUUGAAGGAUGAGCGGGUCGCAGCAUCCAAGAUCUUCCAAGGUGACUACACCAGUGACGUACCUGUUGACAAGGCGCAGCUGAUCGAGGACGUGAGGAAGGCCCUCUAUGCCUCCAAGAUCUGCAGCUACGCCCAGGGCAUGAACAUCAUCAAGGCCAAGAGCACGGAGAAAGGAUGGGGCCUCAACCUCGGCGAGCUAGCCAGGAUCUGGAAGGGCGGGUGCAUCAUCCGUGCCAGCUUCCUGGACCGCAUCAAGAAGGCCUAUGACAGGAACGCCGAGCUCGCCAACCUCCUCAUAGACCCUGAGUUCGCACAGGAGAUCAUGGACAGGCAAGCUGCCUGGAGGAGGGUCGUCUGCCUCGCCAUCAACAACGGCGUCAGUACCCCGGGCAUGUCCGCGAGUCUGGCCUACUUCGACUCCUACCGGAGGGACAGGCUGCCUGCGAACCUGGUGCAGGCACAGAGGGACUACUUUGGUGCUCACACCUACGAGAGGGUCGACAUGCCGGGCUCCUUCCACACCGAGUGGUACAAGAUUGCAAACUCCAAGAUCUGAGUGACGGCUCUGGCAUGGUUUCAGUCUUCUCGGUAUCUUUGGUGUCCAGUUAUGGGUCCUUUUCCCGUAGAGGAGGAACUGCUGUUUAAUUUUAUGAGUAAUAAGUUCUGUAUUUAAUUUCGAUACGGAGGUCCAGUAUUCCUUCCACCACCUUUCGUAGUUUCAUGUAAUCAAGCCUGGAGGGAAACCAUUGUUAUUUGUCGGAUCUCAUAAUUCUGAGUUUAGUAUUGAAUAAUAAUAUGCAAUUUCACCUGCC